AUGACGUCCAAUACCCCUCAGAGUGGUGUCUCUGCUCAGCUCGAGCAUCUCCAGGCGAGAUACGUCGGUACUGGUCAUCCGGGUACAACACAACAUGAGUGGGCUACCAAUCAGCAUAGAGACUCUAUUGCCUCAUAUCUAGCCCACCCUUGGAUGUUGGAGUAUUUCUCUGUCGCUGAAGGAGCUUCCGUUGGUCGCAUAAAACACAACUUGCUUGAGAAGAUGCAUCGCCCAUGUGGUGAACCACCCCAGAGACAAAACAUUUUAAAGCGCAAAAUAGACGAGAUCUCUAAAUCAUCCGCUGCGCAAGAGUGA